CAUGGACCCAUUAGAUCUUCCAGAAGGAGUUAAAAUUCUAAGUCACCAAGUUGCUGGUCAUAUUCAUAGCGCUACCUGUUUUGGUUUACUUGAAAGGGGUAAUAUAGUAUUAAAACCAGUCCAGAGAUUUCCUAAAGGAAAUCGAGAACUAGAAUUUUACGAAGCAGUAAAUAAUAAAAACCAAACAGAUCAGGUUUUCAUUGAUAUUAGGAAAUUUGUCCCAAAAUUUUAUGGAAUCGAAUAUAUUCCAAUUUCUAAUAAAAACGCCAAGUAUAUGAGACUCGAAGAUAUAACGAAAGUUUUUGAUAGACCAUGUAUCACCGAUUUGAAAAUCGGUAAGCAAACUUUCAAUCCUUUGGCAAAUCCUGAUAAGAUAAUUAAAGAGAAAUCAAAAUACCCAAGAUUGCCAGAAGUUGGAUUCCAGAUUUUGGGAAUGCGUAUUUAUGAUACAGUAACCAAUAACUAUGUUCAAUAUGAUAGAGUUUAUGGGCGUUCGUUAGCACCCGAAGAUUUAGGUGAUAAAGGUCUGAAAUUAUAUCUUACACAGGGAAAUUGCUUCAGAGUUGACGUUUUGAAAGAGAUUAUAAAGCAAAUUAAGGAAAUUAGAGAUUUUUUCCAAAAUCAGACAAAGCUAUCUUUCUACUCAAGUAGUUUACUGGUGGUUUAUGAAGGAAAUAUGAAGGCAAAAAAGCAAAUACCUAAUGUAGCUCUUGUCAAGAUGAUCGACUUUGCUCAUGUGUUUUCAACUCAAGAGCAUGAUGAAAAUUAUGCUUUUGGGCUAGAAAUACUUUUGAAAUUAUUUACUAAUAUGCUACCAACUAAAAUAUAA